AUGGCACAUUUAAAACUGCUACCACCUGAUCUGCUUUCUGUUCCUGCUCCUUUCUCUGUUCCUGCUCCUUUUCCUUCUCUUGCUCCUGCUCUUGUUCUUGCUUCCUCUUCUGCUCCCGCUCUUCCUCGCGCUCUUGUUCUUGCUUUUGCUUGUCUUUCUGCUAAUACUUCUGCUCUUCCUUCUGCUCUCACUUCUGAUGCUACUUCUGCUCCUGCUCUUACUCUUGCUCCUGCUUCUGUUCUUGCUCCCGCUUUCUCUUCGGCUCUCGCUCAUGCUCCAACUCCAGCUCUUGUCUUUGCUCUUGCUCUUGCUUCUGCUUCUCUUUCUGCCGCUGCUCCCGCUCCCGUUCCUGUCCUGCUCCUGUUCUUGCUCCUCAGGGAUAGUAGAUUUUUUGAGUUAACUUUUAAAGGAACCAAAGAACCAAAAUGA